AUGUGUCAAGUAAACGAAGAGGACGAUGAAAUAUUUCAAGCACUUAAAUCUACAAUAAAUAAAACACCAACUAAUCGAAAAUGUAUGAGUUGUGAUGAAGAUGCUUGUGUCAUUGUUCGAAUUGCUGAUCCAAUGUGUCGAAAAUGUUUUGAAGAAUUUUUUAUUCAUAAAUUUCGUUCAACAUUAUCAAAAUCUAAUAUAUUCGGACGCGGUGAACAUGUUCUUAUUGCAUAUUCCGGUGGACCAUCAUCAACAGCUUUACUUCAUUUAAUUGCUGAAGGACUUAGUGUAAAUGCUCGAAGACGUCUUCAAUUUCAAGCACAUGUUGCUUUCAUUGAUGAAUCUUCAUUAUAUCCGGAUGCAAUAGACAUACGUGAAAAAGUAAUUGAUCGUAUUACGAAUCAAUUACAUUAUCCAUUACAUAUUGUCUCUAUUGAUGAUAAUCUUGAUAAUGAUAAUACUUUAAAAAAAUUAUUAUUUCAACAAACAAAAUCAUUAACAGCUCGUGAAGAACUUAUUCGACGACGAAAAUUAAAAUUAUUAUUUGAUAUUGCUAUUCGUGAAAAAUGUACAAAAUUAAUUACAGGUGAUAAUUGUACAAAACUUGCAGCACAAAUUCUUUCCGAUAUGGCACAAGGCAAAGGUGCACAUGUUGCAUUAGAAUGUAAUUUAACUGAUACAACAAAUGAUUUAGUUACUAUAGUGAGACCGUUUCGGGAAAUAAUGUCAAAAGAAAUUGCUAUGUAUAAUCGAUUGAAUUCUAUUGAAUCUCUUCAAAAUAUUGAUAUAUCAACAAUGUCUGGUAUUCAAUCAUCAAUUUUUAAACUUUCGGAAACACUUGUUAAUGAUCUACAAAGACAAUUUCCUUCAACAGUUAGUACAAUAUUUCGAACAUCUGAUAAACUUGAAAAAAAUCUAAAAUCAGAACGAUGUGAUUUGUGUUGUUAUCCACUUGAUCUUGACGAGGAUCAAUCAUUAUUAUCUGAUCAAGAUAGAAUAAAACUUAUUCAUCAACUAUUCGAUACACGUUCCGAUAGUAAUGAUCCGGUUCAUGUUUGUUAUGCUUGUCGACGAUUAUUACGAGAUGUACAACCGAAUUUACAAUCUAAUCAAGAAUAA